AAUACAACGAGUUCGCAGAACACGUGCAUGACUAUGGCAUCCGCCAUGUUGAAAAAGUCGGAACGCGAGAAAGAUUCAAGAGGGAAGAGCACCAAGCCUGAAUCAGUCUCGCUACCAGUGCAAUUUCCGUUGACUACUAUUUCACAUGAAAGUUUUUUUGAACGAAUGAGCUCGCCGAGCACGUUACAUGUGACAAAAAAUACUGUCGGUCAAGGAUCAUCACGAUCCACUAUGGCCACCAGGACAGAGACAUGUACUUCACCUCAAAAUCAAGUUAAUGAAGAAACCGGAAAUGAGUCUGUUGAAAACAGAAAUUCUCAGAAUUUUGACAAUUUGGCCAAAUGCUUAGAAAUGUUGACGAACACUAUCACAGCCGGUUUUCAAGGACUUAAGUCGGACAUGGCUGAACUUGUUUGUGAGAAAAGUGACAAUAACUAUGUAGACAAUAAUUAUGAGUCUGAUGAAUUUUACUCUGAUGGUGAAAUUUAUGAGAAAGACAGUGAGUCAAAUACAAUGACUGUGGAUGAUUUAUUGUCAAAAACAAAACUGUCGGGCUCAAUAUCCGGUAAACCUGAUUCCGGGAAAAAUGAAAACGAAAGUGGGUCACAGUCGAGAUUUAUGAAAGUCGCUUCUGAACAAGUAACUUUGCAAGACGUUACAACAGAGCCCAUACACAAAGACUUAGCAAAACUUGUGAACGAUCUUAUGUUCAAGGUAAAAAUUGACAAAAAGUUGGCCGAACAGGUGAAAGAAUCUGCUGAGAAAAUCAAACGACCAGAAAAUUGCGAGAGUCUCGUGUGCACAAAAGUCGAUGAAUUGAUAUGGAACAGAUUACAAGUUCCAACCAAGUCGCUUGACAGCAGAUUUCAAUACGGUCAACUCUUUUUAGUGAAAAGUGUGACAGUACUUGUAAACAUUUUGGAUAAGAUUGUGUCAAACAAAGAUGUAGAAAAAGAAGAGUUAGUCAGAGAACUGAUCAAGACUGUUGAAAUGCUCAGUUAUUCGAAUUACGAACUCAACAUGAGACGAAGAGAAUGUUUAAAAAGUGACAUAGACAGUGUGAAUUAUUUGUCACUUUUUUCGUCUGGAGUUCCUAUAAACCAGUUCCUUUUUGGGGGAGAAUUGGGAAAACGCUUAGAUGAAAUUGAAAAGACCAAUAAAGCAGUCAAUAGAGUUAUGACAAGCAAGAAUAUGAGACGAGGCACCUUUCAUGGAGCUCGAGGUCAGAGAUUUCAACCUUACUCCAGACCGUCUGGGUCACAGGGCUAUUUCCGAAGCAGGAAUGUCCCUUUUUUAGGCCAAACUUCCAAGAGAGGGAAUUACAACAGGAAGUUCACAAAAGGCAAAAAGAAACAAGAAUGAUUAUUGAUGGGUGUCAUAAGUCGAGUUCUUCAAAAGAUUCAGAAGGAAAAGGCAGAGGGGGUGAUGGUAGUCCCUGUAUGGCCGACACAGACAUGGUACACAAGUCUGUUGGAACUGUUGGUGGAUGUUCCUCGAAUAAUUCAAAAAGAACA